UAAACAACGCGAGAGAAUUUUCCCCUUCCUGGCUUUUUCUUUUCUUUUCUUUUUUUUUUUUUUAUACAAUAUCCUCUAUCCCAUCCUUCCUUACACCCUCAUCUAUUUUUCUCCCCAUUCAUGUUAAUAUAUAUAUAUUUUAUUUUUAUUUGAAUUCUUCGUAAUAAAAAACGUUCGAGGGAAAGAGACAGAUUUAUGUAUACGAUUUUACAACUCCAAUUCUUUUCUUGAUGUUAACGGGGUGAGGGAGGAGGGUGGGGAGUAUGUGAAGGGAGAGAAAAACAACAAAAAGACAAGAGAACAGGGCUCGUCCUUAGCGAAUAAUUUCCACCCUUAUUUCUGUAAAACAUUUCAACGAGUAUCAUCGAAUUUCUAAACUGAUUUUUAUUACAUUCCCAACCAACACUCCUUUUGGUUAUUUUUAUAUUUAUCUAAUUUUCCUUUUUUAUUUUCGCGUUCGAAGGAACGGAAUUGAAUGAUAUUUUUGACACGAGAUAAUGAGAAUGUUUGUUUAAGGGGAUUAGAAUUAAAUUCUGAUUAAUGUUUUCUUUUUAUUUUUCGUUAAAUAUUUCUUCUUCAUUUACGUUUUGAUCAACAGAUAAAUGCAUCCACGCCAUUGUGAAUACGAGAAAGAGUGUUCUAAUCAGAUGUGUUUAGUUGCAUCGUAUAUUGGAAUUUAAACGUUGUGUCAAUCGAAGAUGGUGAAAAUGAUGAACCUGAUGCAAAGGAAUUUAUUAUCAUACCUGAUGGUCUUCUAUUUCCUUUUCCCGAGGAACGAAGCUUAUCAAAGGAAGGAUGGGAACAAGGAUGGUUCCAAAUUGAUAAGGAUUAAUGGCGAUAUUAUUCUCGGCGGGAUAUUUCCAAUGCACGAACAGAUAUGGACGAGAACACGCAGUGCUGGCACAAUCGGUGAAUCACCUUGUGGUGCAGUUAAAGAAGAAAAAGGUGUUCAACGAUUGGAAGCAAUGUUAUACGCAUUGGACGAGAUCAAUAAUGAUCUCGAACUUCUACCUAAUUCAACAUUGGGUGCAUUAAUAUUAGAUUCGUGCAGCAGCGAAACAUAUGCUCUUGAUCAGAGUAUGGAAUUUAUGAGAUCUUACAUGAACCAGCAAAAGAGUGAGUUAUAUACAAUCGGGAUGUCUCGCUUGAAUGAUCGACAAGAUCGAUGGAAGGGAAACGGAGUGGAAAAAAUGUGA